GAUCAUAUAUACUCUUUGACUGCCCGGGCCAAGUGGAACUCUACACACACAACAACUCAAUACACCGGAUAGUGGACAAGCUGCAGACUUGGAAUUACAGGCUCGCCGCUGUCCACUUAGUUGACAGCCACUACUGCACGGAUCCCGGGAAGUUUGUGUCGGUGCUGAUGACCUCCCUCUCCACAAUGCUGCAGAUAGCCCUGCCACACAUCAACGUGCUGUCUAAAGUGGAUCUGAUAGAACGCUACGACAAGCUUGCUUUUAAUAUGGAUUUCUACACGGACGUCUUAGAUCUUAAUCAUCUGCUGCACACCUUCUCUGAGGAUCCUUUCCUCCAACGGUAUAAGAAAUUGAAUUCAAUAUUAUGUGAGCUGGUCGAGGAUUAUGGUCUCGUCAACUUCUAUCCGCUUAAUGUUCAGGAUCAGGACAGUAUGCUGGUACUAGCUAAAGCCAUAGACAAAGCCAAUGGGUAUAUAUUCGGCGGCCUUGAUGGCAUAGACUCAAACCCCUUUGAAAUAACCCAAGCCGCGAUACCUAACCAACUGGAUGCAUUAGAUAUGCGAGAGAGGUUUAUAGACCGCUUCUAUGAGCAACCGCCAGAGGAUAGUGACUCUGAAUAAACCAGAAC